GCUUCGGUGAUUAGUUUCCUUCUAGUGUAUCGUGAUCGGUGACGUCUCCUAAUAGACACAUACUCGCGCUAAUAAUCGCUGGUUCUUUUCUUCCUCUCGAACGUCGUCUUUGAACGAAAAGUGAAAGCCAGAAAGAGCGUUAAGAUAUCGGUGGUCAAUUAGAUAUACGUCGAGUUUUACUCCUUUGUUUAUUACUUACCCUCUGUUCUCUCGUUUUCUUCGCGAUAUACAUCGAAGAAUCUCGCAUACUGUAUCGAGAAAAUUUCUGUAGGAAAUAUGCCCAGUAGCAAAACGAGAAUUGCCAUAGUUGGCGGUGGUGUGGCCGGAUUGGUGGUUGCUCGUCACACAGCUGCCAGGCUGGACACUUACAGUGUCACUUUGUUCGAGCAAACCGAUCAAAUUGGCGGGACGUGGGUUUACACCAACGAAACUGACGUCGAUAAACGUGGAUUACCAAUCCAUAGUAGCAUGUACAAGAACCUAAGAACAAAUCUUCCUAGGGAAAUUAUGCAAAUACCAGAUUUUCCAAUGAAAAAUAACGAGGGUCCGUCAUUCGUUCAUCACACUGUAAUUAGGGAGUACCUUUUGGAUUACGCGAAGCAUUUUAACUUGUAUUCUCAUAUAAAGUUCAACGCACUGGUGAAACACGUGGAACCAGAGACUCUGCGAAACGGCCAGACAAUCUGGAUGAUCACUUACAAAGACAUGGAGACCAACGUAGAAAUCACUAAAACGUUCGACGCCGUGGUCUUGUGCAAUGGUCAUUACACUGUAGGUCAUAUUCCACGCAUUCCAGGUAUCGAAAGUUUCUCUGGAGGACGCAUACAUUCACAUCAGUACAGGAUACCCGAAGCGUACGCUAGAAAGAAAGUUUGCAUCCUCGGUGCAUCUUGGUCUGGUAUUGAUAUUGCUGUCGAGGUCUCGCAAUACGCAGAGAAGGUGUAUUUAAGCCACAAUCUACCAGAGCCUGUUGAUACGAAAAUGUUGGCAAACGUGGAGCAGAGGCCCGGAAUAGAAUCUAUUCAAGGGAAUAUUUUCAUUUUCCAUGAUGGUUCCACGGCUGAAAUAGACAACUUCAUAUAUUGUACCGGAUACAAGUUUUCUUAUCCAUUUAUGUCCGCUAAAGUCGAGUUGCGUACGGACGACAACCACGUGGAGCCUAUUUACAAACACCUGAUACACAUGGAUUAUCCAAAUCUGUUUAUUAUGGGACUACCGGGAAUAGUGAUUCCUUUCCCGAUGUUCCAUAUACAAGCACAGUACAUUCUAGGUAUUCUCGAAGGUCAUAUCAAAUUACCUCCUUACGAACAAAUGCGCGACGAAUACGAGGCUGAAAAGAAAUCAUUAUUAGAUCAAGGCAUCCCGUCGAGGCACAUCAUUAAACUGAAGGAGAGACAGUGGGCGUAUUACGAUGAAAUAGCUGCGAUCGCAAACGUCCCGAGUUUCCCGCCAGUAAUCAAAAAGAUCUACAACCAUGUGAAUCAAUUACGUGAAUCGGAUUUCACCACUUACAAGAACUACCAGUACCGCAUAAUCGACGACGAGAAUUUCGUGGUGUGUUGCUGUAAGCCUUGUUAGGGUUCAAGGGCGAGUAUUAAGCGGGAAUUUUUGAUUUGAAAACGACCGGCUUGGAUCGAAAUUGCUCGAAGUACGCAAUCGUUGCGCGUUCAGUAAAUUGCUCGGAUUUUCCGUUCUGUUAAAUAUAAGAGCAAUCGGUGUCUUCAUUUGUUGGGACUAGUUCAUGUUCUUUGACCCGACGACAGUAUCCGAAAUCGAAGGCCUCCAAAACACGUAUAUUCUUCGAGAGAUUCGUUCUUCUUGCCAAGAAGAUAUGUUAUCACUAUUAAUGAAGAAUAUGAUAAGACGGGUUGCAGUUGCAAAGUAUAACGUAGCUAGAACGCUUCACGAAUUGCUGUAAACGUUGCAGCGAAUUCGUAAUACAUUUUGUAAGAUAAACAUUCACAUGAUUCCUGAUCAAUAAAUGGAGAUAACAUCAUAUUGUAUGUAUUGAUCCAGACGAACGAGGAACGCGUAAAUUGCAUUAUAAUGUUAAUUAUAGCAAUUAAAAGUGAAAUGACGUGAGAAUUACUAAUGAAGUAAACAAAAGCAUAUAUGCUAGUAUAACAACUUAAAUUAUAACUGUAAAUCAAAUAUAUC